AUGAACGUCACCUACGCCCAGCUCAACAACGCCAUGUCUGUCAACUUUGUCGGUCUUUCUGUUGGCUGCGUCCUCUUCAUCCCCCUGGCGAAGAAGUUUGGACGCAGACCAGUAUACCUGGUCUCGACGGGGAUCAUGAUGGCCGCUUCGUUCUGGUCUUCGUGGAUGAAGUCUCUACCAGAGCUGUAUAUUACCAAUCUGCUUCAUGGAUUGGCAGGCGCGACGAACGAGUCUAUUGUUCAGAUCACGGUUGCCGAUAUCUUCUUCGUACAUCAUCGCGGGGGAAUGAAUGGGUUGUACAUGACCAUGGUCAUGAUUGGGAGCUUCCUAACACCCAUGGGUGCCGGGACGCAAGCAACGCGUGCAGGAUGGCGCGCAUCGUAUCGUGCACUGGGCAUUGUGAAUGCUGUCCUGUUCGGACUUUUUGUUUUUCUCUACGAGGAGACAAAGUAUACCCCAGUGGUUUUGGGGGUGGGCAGCGGGCCAGAAAGCCAAAAUAUCCCAGCCAAGAGCAUCGAAUCCAGUCAACAGCCAGAUAUCGGGUGCACAGACAGGCAGGAGUCACGCCACGAGCUAGACACCACCAUCUCACUAAACACAUGGAGGCAGAGACUGGCACUGGUGACAUACACCGCAGAGCCAAUCUGGCCAUACUUCUACCGGCCCUUCGUGGUCCUAACCACCUUCCCGGCUGUCCUGUUCUGCGCCUUGCAAUAUGCCCUCGGCGUUGCAUGGCUAACGAUCCUAUCCAGUGUGUUGGGGUUGGUAUUCCCCAUGCCCCCAUACAACUUCACGCCAGAGCAAAUCGGGUUCAUGAGCAUUGGCCCGUUCGUUGGGAACCUCCUGGGCUCGGCCUACGGUGGCUUCCUCGGCGAUAGAUCGAUCCUGUUCUUUGCGAGACGCAAUAAGGGAUACUAUGAGCCCGAGAUGAGGUUGUAUAUUCUGCAUCUCCCGGCCUUGACACUGGCUGGGGGGUUGAUCAUGUUUGGGGUGACAAUUUCAAGAGGCCUCCACUGGAUCUGGCCCAGUAUAGGCGGCGCCCUAUUCGGCUUCGGCCUAGGCAGUAUCGGCGAUGCAGCGCUGACACUUGUCAUCGACAGUUACCGCGACAUAACCGGCGACGCAUUCACAGGCGUAGCCUUCCUGCGCAACGCCAUCAGCAUCGGGAUCCCGUUUGCGAUUAGUCCGUGGUUAGCGCGCUCCGGCGCGCAGGAUAUGUUUAUCGCGUGUGGGCUUAUCAGUUUAGCUGUUACAUUGACUAUUAUCCCGAUGGUAUUGUAUGGAAAGAAGAUGCGUGUGGUGACAGCGUCGAGGUACAGAACAAUGGCAUCCCUGUGGCACUAG